CGUUCAUUGAUUUUUUCGUUUCGAAAGCCAUUUAAAAAUGUUUUCUAUUCGAGUCAGUGUGGUGUUGUUCGGUUUGCUUCUGCUGGGGCGUGCUCAAAGCGAUGCAAUUGAAGGAAGUAUUUGCCAAGCCGGCCGCAUCGUUGGUAAGUGCGUGGGAAUUCGCGAGUUUCCGCAAUAUCUGAAUUUGGUACGCCAACGAAAGCACUCCGAUGAGGAAAUCAGCUUCUUACUGGCACAUCAGUGCGGUUACACGAGCGCCCGAAAAUUUCUGGUGUGUCGUCCUGUAGUAAUCAACGAACCCGGCUGUGGCAAGCAGUUUAGCGAUCGCAUAGUGAAAGGCAAACUGGCCGCACUGGAUGACUAUCCUUGGAUGGCGCUGUUUCAGUACCAGAAACCUCGCGGGCAGACCGGGUUCCACUGCGGGGGAGCCCUAAUCCAGGCACGGUACGUCCUUUCCGCAGCGCAUUGUUUCGUCGGGCUACGAAGCGGUUGGAAGGCCAUCAAAGUUAGGCUUGGUGAGUGGGAUUUCGAAGAGGAUCUGGAUUGCGUUGAGGAUGUAGGUGACUUGCACUGUGCUCCACCCGUGCAGGAGUUCGACUUGGAGGCGAUCAUUCCUCACGAUGGGUUUUCCGUUCGGGAUCCUAACAAGCAGCACGAUAUUGCGCUGGUACGGUUGAGUAGAGAGGCCACAUUCAGUAACUAUAUUAAACCGAUCUGUAUUCCUGAGCCUGGGAGCGUCGAACCCGAACAGUUGUACAGCGGAAUUAUGGCCGCCUCCGGGUGGGGUAAAACGGAAAACGCAUCGUUCAGUAGAUACAAAUUGUACACGAAAUUGUGGGCCAUCGACUAUUCCAAAUGCAAAUCCCAGUACGCCGAGGCAUUGCGCAUUCAGCUGAGCGAGGGGCAGUUCUGUGCCGGAGGCAACGAUGGUCAAGAUACGUGCAAUGGUGACUCAGGUGGACCUCUGAUGAAGGAGAUAGCCGUGCAAGGACGGCACUAUCUAGCGGGAAUCGUCAGUUUCGGGCCAAAACGAUGCGGCGAGCAGCUUCCCGGAGUGUAUACGACGGUUGAGCAAUAUUAUCCGUGGAUUGCGGCAAAUAUAAUGGAAUAUACGUAG